UGGAAAAGUGGGACUACAGUUUGAAACUUUAGUAUAUGUUGGAUCUUCAAUCCCACAAAAGAAGUGCAAUAAAGCUACUACAUUAGUUUUGUACUGUACAUUUUUGCCUUUUGUUUCCUUCUUCCUUUUUUUUUUAUCUAGCUACAAACUCCAUUUUUGACCGCCAUAAAUGGUGGGCUUAACUCCAAAUCAUUAGUGCUUCUACUUUCUUGGACACAAAAGCUAGGGUUCUUCAAUUAUCUAACAACCCCAUUUCCCUUAAUCUUAUUUGAUUGUUCUACUUCAGUUUUUACUUGCAUUUUUCAAGAACCAUUACUUCUUGAUUUAGUUUGCUUUGUUACCUUCUUGUUUGCAACCCCAAUUGUUUCUCUAAGUUUGCUUUAUUGAACUGCUUAAAAGUUAAGAUUUUGAAGCUUAAAUCUUGGUCCAUUUGAUUGUUUUGCUUUUAAAGUUUUCAUUUUUGAGAUUAUUGCAUGUGGGGGUUUUGUGUGGUGGGGUUGUUGGGAUUUUGAAUGAGGAAAAAGGGUGUCCAGUGUGAUGAGAUAUGAGGGUUAAGAUUGUUGAAAAAUGGGUUGUGUAUUUGGUAAAGAGAUUUCAUCAUCUGAGACACCUAGUGGGGAAGUUGUAGUUAGUAGGAGGAGAGAAAAUGGGGAAAAUAGAGAUUUGGCAGCACCAUCUGGUAGGAGGGAGAUAGUUGGUACUGUAAAUAAGGUGGAUGGAGGAGGCAGUGAUGUUAGUGAAGUUGAGAAGGGUAGAGAUCAGAAGGAUGAGAAUGCAAGGCCUAGGGGUGAGAGGAGAAGGUCUAAACCUAAUCCAAGGCUGAGCAAUCCACCCAAGAAUGUGCACGGCGAGCAAGUAGCCGCUGGAUGGCCAUCGUGGCUUUCCGAGGUAGCUGGUGAGGCUAUCAAUGGCUGGAUUCCACGUAGGGCCGAUGCGUUUGAGAAGCUCGCUAAGAUUGGUCAAGGUACUUAUAGCAAUGUGUAUAAAGCUAGAGAUAAUCUCUCGGGGAACAUUGUGGCGUUAAAGAAGGUUAGAUUUGAUAAUUUGGAGCCAGAGAGUGUGAGGUUUAUGGCAAGGGAGAUCUUGAUUUUGCGCCGUUUGGAUCAUCCGAAUGUUAUGACAUUACACGGAUUGGUUACGUCAAGGAUGUCUUGUAGUUUGUACCUUGUGUUUGAUUAUAUGGAUCAUGAUUUAGCUGGACUAGCUGCAAGCCCUGGAAUCAAGUUCACAGAGGCUCAGGUUAAAUGUUACAUGCAUCAACUAUUAUCAGGGCUUGAACACUGUCAUAACCGUCAUGUGUUGCAUCGUGAUAUUAAGGGAUCAAAUCUUCUAAUUGACGGUGGGGGAGUUCUUAAGAUUGCAGAUUUUGGUUUGGCUUCCAUCUUCGAUCCUAAUAAAAAGCAGCCCAUGACUAGUCGCGUGGUUACUUUAUGGUACAGACCCCCAGAGCUUCUUCUUGGGGCCACAGACUAUGGUGUUGGUGUGGACCUUUGGAGUGCUGGUUGUAUUUUAGCUGAGCUAUUAGCUGGGAAGCCCAUUAUGCCUGGUCGUACAGAGGUUGAGCAGCUCCACAAGAUCUUCAAGCUAUGUGGAUCUCCAUCAGAAGAGUACUGGAAAAAGUCCAAGCUUCCACAUGCAACUAUAUUCAAACCUCAGCAAUCAUACAGAAGAUGUAUAGCAGAAACCUUUAAAGAUUUUCCGCCUUCAUCAUUGCCAUUGAUUGAGACUCUUCUGGCCAUUGAUCCUGCUGAGCGUCAGACAGCUACAGCUGCAUUACAGAGUUUCUUUACUACCAAACCUUAUGCUUGUGAACCUUCCAUCCUUCCCAAGUAUCCACCCAGCAAAGAAAUGGAUGCUAAACGGCGAGACGAAGAGGCUCGAAGACACAGGGCCGCUGGAAAAUCCAAUGCUGACGGUGUGAGGAGAAAUCGUCAUCGUGAUCGAGCAGUGAGGGCAAUCCCCGCUCCUGAAGCCAAUGCGGAGCUGCAAGUUAAUAUUGAUAGACGGCGUCUAAUUACACAAGCUAAUGCGAAGAGCAAGAGUGAAAAGUUUCCUCCGCCACACCAGGAUGGGACAUUAGGUUAUACAUUGGGUUCUUCACAUCACAUUGAUCCAGCCUAUGAACCCUCAGAAGUCCCUUUCACCUCCAUGAAUUUCUCAUAUUCCAAAGAACCAAUCCAAACGUGGUCAGGUCCAUUGGUGGAACCUGCCACAGGUGGUGCUCCAAGAAGAAAGACAAAGCCAUCAAAGAAGGAUUCUUACAAGAAAGGAAAAGAAAGCAUGUAAAGUCUAAUGAAUGAUGUGAUUCAACAAUUGGUAUACUUGAAGGAGCUGCAAAACAGGCAGAUUAUUUGUCCUAUACGGUAACUAAGAAACAUCUCAACAGCAUAGAGAGGUAAAAUGCAUUUUUAUCCUAGUAUCCUCUUUUUUGUAUUCUUUUGGAUAUUAAGAAUAUUUUCACUAUUGUACAUGUAAAAUUUUUGAUUCCUUCAUAUUAGCAGACUCUGUUUAGAUCAAUGAAAAUCCUAAUAAACAAUCUACAAACGCUCUUUCCUUUUA